AUGCAUGUUAAGUCAAUCAUCCUUGAAGGAUUUAAGUCCUAUGCUCAGAGGACUGAAGUCAAUGGUUUUGACCCCCUCUUCAAUGCUAUCACUGGUUUAAAUGGUAGUGGGAAAUCCAACAUAUUGGACUCCAUCUGCUUUUUACUGGGCAUCUCCAACCUCUCUCAGGUUCGGGCUUCUAAUUUACAAGAUUUAGUUUACAAAAAUGGGCAGGCUGGUAUAACCAAAGCCUCAGUGUCAAUCACAUUUGAUAAUUCUGACAAAAAGCAAAGCCCUUUAGGAUUUGAGGUUCAUGAUGAAAUUACAGUAACAAGGCAGGUGGUUAUUGGUGGUAGAAAUAAAUAUUUAAUCAAUGGAGUAAAUGCAAACAAUACCAGAGUACAAGAUCUCUUCUGUUCUGUUGGCCUUAAUGUUAACAACCCUCACUUUCUCAUCAUGCAGGGCCGAAUUACAAAAGUAUUGAAUAUGAAACCUCCAGAGAUUUUGUCCAUGAUAGAAGAAGCAGCUGGAACCAGGAUGUAUGAGUACAAAAAAAUAGCUGCCCAGAAAACUAUAGAAAAAAAAGAGGCUAAGCUGAAAGAAAUUAAGACGAUACUUGAAGAAGAGAUUACUCCAACCAUUCAAAAAUUAAAAGAGGAAAGAUCUUCCUACUUGGAGUACCAAAAAGUAAUGAGGGAAAUAGAACAUUUGAGUCGUUUAUAUAUUGCCUAUCAGUUUUUGCUGGCUGAAGAUACAAAAGAACGCUCAGCCGAGGAGUUAAAAGAAAUGCAAGAUAAAGUUGUAAAGCUUCAAGAAAAAUUGUCUGAGAAUGAUAAAAAAAUAAAAGCACUUAGUCAUGAAAUAGAAGAGUUGGAAAAAGGAAAAGAUAAGGAAAUUGGAGGUAUACUCCGAUCUUUAGAAGAUGCUCUUGCAGAAGCUCAGCGAGUUAAUACUAAAUCUCAAAGUGCCUUUGAUCUCAAGAAGAAAAAUCUGGCAAGUGAAGAGAACAAACGCAAAGAGCUAGAGAAAAAUAUGAUUGAGGAUUCUAGAACUUUAGCAGCAAAGGAAAAAGAGGUUAAAAAGAUAACAGAUGGGCUGAACGCCCUUCAGGAAGCAGGUAACAAAGAUGCUGAAGCUUUGGCUGCUGCACAGCAGCACUUCAAUGCUGUUUCCGCCGGCCUGUCUAGCAGUGAUGACGGGGCCGAAGCAACUCUUGCUGGUCAAAUGAUGGCCUGUAAGAAUGACAUAAGUAAAGCUCAGACAGAAGCCAAACAGGCGCAGAUGAAGUUGAAACAUGCCCAACAAGAAUUAAAGACUAAACAGGCUGAAGUUAAGAAGAUGGAUAGUGGCUACAGGAAGGAUCAAGAAGCUUUAGAGGCUGUGAAGAAACUUAAAGAAAAACUUGAAGCCGAAAUGAAAAAGCUAAAUUAUGAAGAAAACAAAGAGGAAGGACUUCUGGAAAAGCGCAGGCAGCUAUCUCGUGAUAUCAGUAGAUUGAAAGAAACAUAUGAAGCUCUCUUAGCCAGAUUUCCUAAUAUUCAAUUUGCCUACAGGGAUCCAGAGAAGAACUGGAAUAGAAAUUGUGUGAAAGGACUUGUAGCUUCCCUGAUUAGUGUGAAAGAUACUUCUGCAACCACAGCUUUAGAAUUGGUGGCUGGGGAACGGCUCUACAAUGUUAUAGUAGACACAGAGAUUACUGGAAAAAAGUUACUAGAAAAGGGGGAAUUGAAACGUCGAUACACUAUAAUUCCACUCAAUAAAAUUUCAGCCCGAUGUAUUGCUCCAGAAACUCUGAGGGUCGCUCAGAAUCUUGUUGGUCCUAACAAUGUUCACGUGGCUCUUUCCCUGGUUGAAUACAAACCAGAACUUCAGAAAGCGAUGGAAUUUGUCUUUGGAACAACGUUUGUUUGUAAUAAUAUGGAUAAUGCAAAAAAAGUGGCCUUUGAUAAAAGGAUAAUGACUAGAACUGUAACUCUAGGGGGUGAUGUAUUUGAUCCUCAUGGGACAUUGAGUGGAGGUGCUCGAUCCCAGGCAGCUUCUAUUUUAACCAAGUUUCAAGAACUCAAAGAUGUUCAAGAUGAGCUGAGAAUCAAGGAGAAUAAGCUACAGACUCUAGACGAGGAAUUAGCAGGUCUUAAAAACACAGCUGAAAAGUAUCGCCAACUAAAACAGCAAUGGGAGAUGAAAACUGAGGAGGCAGAUUUAUUGCAAACCAAGCUUCAGCAAAGCUCAUAUCAUAAGCAACAAGAAGAAUUAGAUGCUCUUAAAAAAAUCAUUGAGGAAAGUGAGGAGACCUUAAAAAAUACCAAAGAAAUUCAGAAAAAAGCAGAAGAAAAAUAUGAAGUAUUGGAGAAUAAAAUGAAAAAUGCAGAGGCUGAAAGGGAGCAAGAACUGAAGGAUGCUCAGGAAAAACUGGAUUUUGCCAAAACGAAAGCAGAUGCUUCUAGUAAGAAAAUGAAAGAAAAACAACAGGAAGUUGAAGCUAUCACUCUGGAGCUGGAAGAGCUCAAGAGAGAGCACGCAUCCUAUAAGCAACAGCUUGAAGCUGUAAAUGAAGCUAUCAAAUCCUAUGAAGUACAGAUUGAAGUAAUGGCAGCUGAGGUGGCUAAAAAUAAGGAGUCUGUAAAUAAAGCCCAAGAAGAGGUGACCAAGCAAAAAGAAGUGAUAACAGCCCAAGACAACGUAAUUAAAGCUAAAUAUGGCGAAGUAGCAACACAUAAGGAACAAAACAAUGAUUCUCAGCUUAAAAUUAAGGAACUGGACCACAACAUCAGCAAACAUAAACGGGAAGCUGAAGAUGCUGCUGCAAAGGUCUCCAAAAUGUUGAAAGACUAUGACUGGAUUAAUGCAGAGAAACACCUCUUUGGGCAACCUAAUAGUGCCUAUGAUUUCAAAACCAACAACCCAAAAGAAGCUGGUCAGAGACUUCAGAAGUUGCAAGAAAUGAAGGAGAAACUGGGGAGAAAUGUCAACAUGAGAGCUAUGAAUGUUCUGACAGAAGCUGAAGAGCGGUAUAAUGACUUGAUGAAGAAGAAGAGAAUUGUAGAAAAUGACAAAUCCAAAAUCCUUGCAACUAUAGAAGACCUUGACCAGAAGAAAAACCAAGCCCUAAAUAUUGCUUGGCAAAAGGUGAACAAGGACUUUGGGUCUAUUUUUUCUACUCUCUUGCCUGGUGCUAAUGCUAUGCUUGCACCACCAGAGGGGCAAACUGUAUUGGAUGGUUUGGAGUUCAAGGUUGCUUUAGGAAAUACUUGGAAAGAAAACCUAACAGAACUUAGUGGUGGUCAGAGGUCGUUAGUAGCUUUGUCAUUAAUAUUAUCCAUGCUCCUCUUCAAACCUGCUCCAAUUUAUAUCCUGGAUGAGGUAGAUGCAGCCUUGGACCUUUCUCACACCCAGAAUAUUGGACAGAUGCUGCGUACUCAUUUCACACAUUCUCAGUUCAUUGUGGUGUCACUGAAGGAGGGUAUGUUCAACAAUGCAAAUGUCCUUUUCAAAACCAAGUUUGUGGAUGGUGUUUCUACAGUAGCCAGAUUUACUCAGUGUCAAAAUGGAAAGAUUCCAAAGGAAACCACAUCCAAGGCAAAAGGACCCAAAUGACCACAUCUGGAAGUUAAAAGUACAAAUUUACUC